UAUCCUGCAGUACUACAGUCGUUAUCCUGAAGUACUGCAGUUGGUAUCCUGCAGUACCACAGUUGUUAUCCUGAUGUACUACAUUGAACGAUUGAAAAUAGAAAAUGAAUUGUUUUCAGGUUACAUCACCAUCUGCAUAUAUAUCUAUACAGUAUAGUAUACAGUAUGGUCAGCUGUACAGGUAAAUGGAUAGGCAUCACAACUCCUAUAAACAGAGAUUCAGUCUGAACCUUGCUUCAUCCACUGUGCUGGCAUUUCAAAAUGGUUCAGCGUGGGUAAGCGUUGGUUUUCGCUGGUGCUGAUCAGUCCCCUAUCGGUCCCACAGCAACGCGGACGACGAGGACUUGUCACCGGAGCAGAAGAUCGAACGUGAGAAGGAACGCAGGAUGGCCAACAACGCCCGGGAACGGCUGCGUGUCCGAGACAUCAACGAGGCUUUCAAGGAGCUGGGGCGCAUGGUGCAGCUGCACCUGAAGAGUGACAAGCCACAGACCAAACUGCUCAUACUGCAUCAGGCCGUGGCCGUCAUACUGAGUCUGGAGCAGCAAGUCAGAGAGAGGAACCUGAACCCUAAGGCAGCGUGUCUGAAGAGACGUGAGGAGGAGAAAGGCUCUGGGCCGGACGGCGGAGCGACCCUCUCCCUGGCCGGGCCGCACCACGGCAUGGGAGAUGCCUCCAACCCAAUGGGACAAAUGUAAAAACCCCCUAAAUGGUCAGAAGAUAUUC